CCCGGAAGUUCUCCCUGCUUUUAUUCUCGUUCGCUUCACGCUGGUUCCGCGUGUUGAUACUGCAGAGAGGAUCGAGGAGAAACAAGUUGUUACAAACAACAAAAAACCGGCCUAAAAAAAGAAUAAAUAGGAAAAUGGACAUGAAGAAGAGGGUCUCCUUAGAGCUGAGGCACCGGUCGCCGACAGAAGUCCAGGAGCUGGUUCUGGAUAACUGUCGCUCCAGCGAGGGAAAGAUCGAAGGUAUCACAGCAGAGUUCUCCAACCUGGAGCUGCUGAGCCUCAUCAACGUCGGCCUGACCAGCGUAGCAGACAUCCCCAAACUGGACAAACUCAAAAAGUUGGAGCUGAGCGAUAACAGGAUAUCAGGCGGUCUGGAGGUUCUGGCGGAGCGGCUGGUGAAUCUAACGCACCUCAACCUCAGCGGGAACAAGUUCAAAGACAUCAGCACCCUGGAGCCCCUGAAAAAGUUGCCCCAGCUGAAGAGUCUAGACCUGUUUAACUGCGAGGUGACCAACCUGGCCGACUACAGGGACUCCAUCUUCAAGCUCCUCCCUCAGCUCACCUACCUGGACGGCUACGACAUCGAUGACUGCGAGGCCUCCGACUCCGACGGAGAGGGAGACGGAGUCGAGGACGAGGACGAAGAAGAGGGAGAGUCAGAGGACUUUGAGGACGAGGAGGAGGAGGAUGAGGAAGACGUAGUGGCCGAAGAUGAUGACGAUGAUGAUGACAGCGGCGAUGAUGAGGACGGAGAGGUGAACGGAGAUGUCGACAGUGAGGAGGAUGACGACGACGAUGAUGAUGACGACGAUGAUGACGAGGACUCAUCUCCGACCAAAGGAGAGAAGAGGAAGCGGGACCCCGAAGACGAGGAUGAUGAAGACGAUGAUUAAGGACCGACGGAGACCCUGCAAACCCCUCUGACCUCUUAUCCGUUGACCCUACACUGCUCCCCCCACCC